AUGUUGCUGUCUGAGAGUAUGCCUGUCACUGAGGAUACACCUGUUGACUUCACCGAGUCUAUUUCCACCCUCUAUGAGCCCCUUGCCAAUCCUGCUGUUGAUGAAUCAUCUAUCCUUGAUCCACUACCUACAUCCGUAAAGAACGCUGUCACCUUCCAAAUCAUGAAAUACUCCAUGACAGAAGGCAGACCAAAGUUGAUCAACAGCAGGGGUUACUGCUACAACAUCAAACACAGCAGAGCACAUGCCAUUGACUGGCAAUACACAUUCAGGCCUAAGGUAACUAUCUUUACGUUGUCUUAGUUGCUUAUUUAUUACAAUUGUUCCUAAUUACUUACUUUAGUAAUUCUCUUUUCAAAGGUCAACCCAUGCAGAGCAGCAGUGAUAGAACAUAGUGAUGGUAGUUUUCAAUUGUCAGCCAACACCGAAAACAAUCCAGCAGACCCUGGAGCAGCAGUAUGUGCUCAUAACAGCAAUAGUUAGGGCCAAAGCUGCAGCAAUUAUCUUCAGACCAGCCUCUGCCAUCAUUGAGGAAGUUCGGCUGGACCAAAGGACUGAUGGACCUUGCUCAAGUCUACCCCAGCCAGACUAUGUUGCUGAAGCUGCCAGCAGAAAGCACCAGCAGCUACGACUGAAAGACCCGCUGGAUCUAGACUUCAAAUUAGAGGAAAGCCCUGAUGGUUCCUUCCACUUAGAGCUUAAAGUGCAUGGUCGUCACCACCUGAUAUUCAGCAGUUCCUGGCCCAAGCAUUUUAUUUUCCUUAGGUACCAGAAUUGGGUCUACAGAGUGCCUACAGCCAUGACUGAGAUACAUUCCAAUUCAUAAGAAAGAUGCUGGCACUGCUCUUCCUGGCAAAGAACGAUAUUGGGCCGAUGUUUAACCGCCUCCAGCGCCAAGCUCCUGUCACAUUGCAGCCCUUCAUUGAGUAUGUGUCAGGCAAUUAGAUCAAUGGCACCACCUGGACCCAUCAGACUGGACCUUAUGUAAAAGAGCUGUAAGGACAAAUGACAACAUCGAAGGGUGGCACCAUGGCCUCGACCACCAAGCCUCUGGAUGUGCCCUUGUACCUCCUGAUUCUGCUCCUAAACAGAGAGGCCAAACUUACUGCCCCACAGAUCCACCUUGCUUCUGUCAGGAAACUCAAGAGAAUUCAGCGAUGCAAUUAUCAUGAGCUGCAGACCAAACUGCUCGACUUGUGGAACAAACAUGAGGCCAACAAAUGGUCCACCAAGCAGUUGCUGAAAGCCUGCUCUUACCUGAAUGCACCAAGGGACUAG